AUGAUCGGCGUCCAGGGUCAGCAGGGCGUCUCAGCAGUGUAUGCAUCCCCGCAACAACCGCAACAGGUCGGCAUUGAUGUCAAUGGCGAUGGUCGGCCGGAUAUCAUGGUGCCGGUUGGAGCCCAGGUGAUUCUGCAGCAUCAGCAACAACAACAACAUUAUCAACCACAGCCGCAAUACGUGGUUUAUCAACAGCAGGCGGCAACGGUACCGAUUGUGGCCCCUCAAGUGCAGAUAUCGAAUCAGUCGCCUUACAGCCAGUCACAGCCUGUCUAUGCUAACCCAUACGCCCAGUCUCAGCAUCAACAACAGGCUCAGGUGUACGGCAGCAGUCAGUACGCCCAGCAGCCACCGCAGCAAGUGCAGAUGUCGGUUCAAAGUAACAAGAAAAACGACAAGGACGACACUGAUGACCACUCGGCCGGCUGUGCUUGUUGCGCUUGCCUCAUGGCACUAGGGGACGCUGCUGAUGCCAUUGGGGAUGCUAUCACAUAG